CCGGACCGCUAAGUUUAGCAUUCAACACGUGUCGCCAGUGAUGGAGAGAGGCAGGGAGGGGGGAGGAAGCGAGAGAGAGAGAGGAAGAGAGAGAGAGGUUGACGGUUGCUAGGUGACGGGGCGCAUAUACUGAAUUUUAACAAAAGAACAGGGAAAGAGGGAGAGGGAGAGAGUGUGUGAGAGAGAGAGAAAGAGAGAGAGAGAGAGAGAGAGAGAGAAAUAGAGAGAGAGAGAGAGGAGAGAGGAGAGAGGGAGGGAGGUAAGGAGAGAGACCGGAGAAAUUGAAUACAUGUAGUACACAUAUAUUUAGAUAUAUAUUUUCCCAGCGUGUGUGCGUGUGUGUGUGUGUGUGUGUGUGUGUGAGAGAGAGAGAGAGAGUGUGUGCGUGUGUGUGUGUGGCGGUGGCGGCGGCGGUGGCGGGGGACACCCGCAAAACGGAUACCUCAAAAAGGAAGGAUGUGAAAUUGGAUGGAGGGACGCAGGAAAAGAGGGGGGAAAGGCUGGUGAAAAACAGCACCCUCUCUCAGAGCGAUAUAUAUCUGCCUCCCCCCCUCGGCAGGUUGCCAUGGUCGCCAUACCUACUCUCUCUCUCCUAUUGGUCCUGGCAGAGUGGGCAGGUCUGGUGGAAACCUCCCCCCACCUCCUGCUCCGGCCCAGCCCGCGGGAGCGUGACGCAGGGGCCAUGAUGAACUUCAACAUCGCCGUAAUCCACGCUGGUGCUACGGUGCAGGCGGAGGCGGCGGUGGCGGGGCCUGGGGGAAGGGUGCUCUAUCCCGGCUUCGGUCGGGUAUACGGCUCCCUGGGGGAGAGUGUGGUCACCCAGUGGGGCUCUGCUAAUGUCAUCUGGCUACAGGUGAAUGACAGUAGUCCUAAGACGGUGCUGUCCCAGCUGUGUGAGCUGCUGGCUGCACGGCCCCUGCAAGGUCUGGUUUAUGAAGAGGAGAGGCCCCCUCGCACAGCCUGGGGUCCUUUGGCCCCCAUGCUGGAGUUUGUCUCUGCGCAAACAGGACUGCCCAUAGUGGCUGUAGGAGGGGGAGCGGGGCUGGGGAGGAUGCCACAGGAAUCAGGUUCCAUUUUUCUCCAGUUCAGCUCCUCUACUGCCCUCCAGUUGGAGGUCAUCUUUGAGGUGCUGGAGGAGUAUGACUGGACUGCCUUUUCCGUGGUGUCCACGCGUCACCAUGGCUACCAGGAUUUCCUGUCUGUGGUGGAGGGCCUGACGGACGGCUCGUUCAUCGGCUGGGAGAAGAAGAGUGUGGUGAUCCUGAACGUGACCGACGACCCUGGGGGGGCACGCACGCGCAGGCUGCUGAAGGAGAACGAGGCGCAGGUACGUUUGCUGUACUGCUCCCAGGAGGAGGCGGAGCUGGUUUUCCGAGCUGCCUGGGCCGCUGGGCAGGCUGGAGCCUCUCACAUGUGGUUUGCUGUGGGGCCAGCUCUCUCAGGUUUGGGCAUGGAGAACCUGCCCCGGGCUCUGUUCGCUGUGCGGCCACAGGGCUGGAGGGACGAACCUCGCCGUAGGAUUGCUCGGGGUGUGUCCGUGCUGACUCACGGGGCAGUGGCCAUGCGCAAGGAUUAUGGAACCACGGGUGGGCCCAACUUUGUCACCAACUGCAUGACGGAUGCCAAUCAGACUCAGAGGCUGCGUGGCAGGAUGAGGUAUUUCAGCAACAUCACACUCGGUGGUCGCGACUACUCCUUCAAUGGUGACGGUUACCUGUCCAACCCCUUCCUGGAUGUCAUUUCUUGGACACCUGGACGUGGAUGGGAAGAUGUAGGCUGGUGGGAGAAUGGCGUGCUGAGGCUGCGAUACCCAGCCUGGUCCCGCUAUGGGCCAUUCCUUAAACCACCUGAUGAUGCCCAGCACCUGCGCGUUGUCACGCUGGAGGAAAGGCCAUUUGUCAUCGUGGAGCUGGCAGACCCUGCAUCCGGGACGUGCAUCCGGGACUCAGUGCCCUGCAGACGACCCCUUAAUGCCAGUGCCAUCAAUGAGGGCGUGGCUCCCAUGAAGCAGUGCUGCAAGGGCUUCUGCAUUGACAUCCUCAAGAGAUUGGCCAAGAUUGUUGGCUUCACCUAUGACCUUUACUUAGUGACCAAUGGGAAACAUGGGAAGAAAAUUGAUGGGGUUUGGAACGGCAUGAUUGGAGAGGUGGUAUACAAGCGAGCGGACAUGGCCAUUGGCUCAUUGACUAUCAAUGAGGAGAGGUCAGAGGUUGUGGAUUUCUCAGUCCCUUUUGUGGAGACAGGAAUCAGUGUCAUGGUCUCCCGUAGCAAUGGAACCGUAUCACCGUCCGCUUUCUUAGAGCCCUACAGCCCAGCGGUGUGGGUGAUGAUGUUUGUCAUGUGCCUGACCGUUGUGGCUGUGACCGUCUUUAUAUUUGAGUUCUUCAGCCCCGUGGGCUACAACCGCAGUCUCCAGAAUGGCAAGAAGGCUGGAGGGUCUACUUUCACAAUAGGAAAGUCUGUUUGGCUUUUGUGGGCCAUUGUCUUCAACAACUCUGUGCCAGUGGAGAACCCCAGAGGAACCACCAGCAAAAUCAUGGUGCUGAUCUGGGCCUUCUUUGCUGUCAUCUUUUUGGCCUCCUACACUGCUAACCUGGCUGCUUUCAUGAUCCAGGAGGAGUACAUUGACACUGUGUCGGGCCUCUCAGACAAGAAGUUUCAGCAUCCAGAGGAGCAGUACCCGCCUCUGAAGUUUGGCACGGUGCCCAACGGAAGCACAGAAAAGAAUAUCCGCUCCAACUACCCAGACAUGCACCAGUACAUGGGCAAAUACAACCAGCGAGGAGUGGAGGAUGCCAUACACAAUCUCAAGACCGGGAAACUGGAUGCUUUUAUUUAUGACGCUGCAGUAUUGAACUAUAUGGCCAGGAAGGACGAAGGUUGUAAGGUGAUGACCAUAGGCUCGGGGAAGGUUUUUGCCACCACAGGCUACGGUAUCGCCCUGCACAAAAACUCACGUUGGAAACGUCCUCUUGACCUGGCCCUGCUGCAGCUGGUGGGAGAUGAUGAGAUUGAGAUGCUGGAGCGCCUCUGGCUGUCAGGUAUUUGCCAUAAUGACAAAAUUGAGGUGAUGAGCAGUAAACUGGAUAUUGACAACAUGGCCGGGGUCUUCUAUAUGCUGCUGGUGGCUAUGGGCCUCAGUCUGCUGGUGUUUGCCUGGGAACACUUGGUCUACUGGAAGCUGCGCCACUGCAUGGCCACCAGUUCUGGCAAAUUGGACUUCCUCCUUGCAAUCAGCAGAGGCAUGUAUAGCUGUUGUAGCUUUGAGGAUGAAACAGCGCCGGGCGGAGCUAAAUCUUUGCCAACUCAUCACCAUACUGCAAUGGUUACAGUUCCAUCCCAGCCACAUGUUGUCUCAACGUCAAUGACCAACCCAGUAAUUGUAUUGGCGCAACAGCAGCAGCCACCACAACAGCAACAACCGCAGCCUGUUUACAAAACACCUCUGCCAGGCUCUCCUCCCACCGUGGUGCAUUCUGGGACAGCACUGGGACCCUCCAACACUCCCGUUGCUGGUGCACCUCUCCCUUGCACCACCUUCCUGCCCCGGCCAGACCGUAGACUGGCCGUGGUGGAUCGCUGGAGGCUGCCCAAAUCCGCUACAGCUACCAACCCUAUGGCUGGAAGGUAUCCCAUCACUGACAUGGGACCCUUUGCCCAGAAAGUCCCACCAAACUGGACUUCAACUGCUGGAGGGGGUGGGGGACUUGAUGGUUAUAAGAGAUACUAUGGUCCCAUUGACCCUGAGGGACUGGGGCCCUGCAUGGACCAGCAGGCAGGGUCCCAGACCCCCAAGACUAUGCCCAGGGGCCACCCCCAGCCACCUCCAGCCAGUGUGGCCUUCUACUCAGAGAAGGGCAUGGACCACGGGGUGGGGAAGAGGGUGGUGGGAGGUGGCAGCGGAGGUCAGGGGAAAGGGGCUGUUAAAUCUCUGGGCACUCCCAGACUGCCUCCUAAGAGUCAGGCCCCUCUGCCUCCUACACCCCCACUGCCACACCCUUCUCCCCCUCUCCCCUCAUCCUUUUGGAGGAAACGUAGACCUAAGAAGCCCAAAGAGCCUGGAGGGCCACUGUAUGAGAACAUUCUGCCCCUGGGGCAGAGGGGAGCAGCACGAGAUGAAGUGAGGGAGGGAGGAGGGAGAAGGGCACGCCCGCUCUCUCCCCCGCUCUCACUUCCUGUGCCAGUACCCCUCAGCCCCUCAUAUACCCCUCCAUCCCCGUCUGCAUCCUUGCACUAUACGUCCUCGUCCUCUUCGUCAACCACAUCGUCCACAUCCACAUCCUCAUCUGCCUCAUCUUCUCGCUCCACCUCUCCCACCUACUCUUACAGCUCCUCUAGGAGCACGCGAGACAGGACUGGAGGAAUAGAUGGAGAGGAUGAUGAUGACGAUGAGGAGCUGACAGAAGAGUCAAGCCUCCUCCUUGGUAGGGGGAGGGAGAGGGAACGUUCAAUCAUCCGACCUCGUUCCCUCAGCCACGGGCGCCUGCCACCACCCAUACCCCCCAGGAAACCACGUACAUCCUGGGGUGACAGAGAAAGAGAGAGGGAGAGAGGGGGGAGCCAACUGUCUCAACUCCAAGAAUGGUGGGCAAGCUGGAGUGAGAGAGAGAGGAGUGGAGCAGGUGGAGAUGCUGAUAGGCAAAAAAGGGAAAAGAAGAGGAGAAAAGAGAAGGAGAAAGAGAAGAAGAAAAAGAAAAAGAACAAAAAGAGGAAAAAGAGGGAAGAAAGGGAAAGAGAGCGCGAGAGAGAAAGGAAACGGAGAAAAGUGAAAAAGAAGAAAAAGAAGGCACUGAAGACAAAGAAACGGAGGAAAUCAAUUGGGGGGAAACGUUCUGAGCCAGAGGAAGGAGAUGUAGAGGCAGAUAGGGAAGGAGAGGUAGAAGGAGAGAGGGAAGGAGAAAUACAAGACUACUCCUCAUUUUCUGCUCAGUAUCGGAGCACAUUUAGCGAGAAAGGGCGGGAUUCGUGGGAAGGAGAGCGAGAGAGAUGCAGGAGAGAAGGAGGGGAUGAUGGCAAUGGCAGGGAAGAGGAGGAGAGUGGCAGAAGCAGAGAAAGGCAUCCCAAAUCCUCACACUCCCAUUCUAGACAUCGCACCCCCAGUAAGCGCUAUCCUAACCUAAACAAACUCCCGGCAUCGGUCAAAUUUUGGGUAAAUGGAAGAGGAGAUAACUCUAAUACUCCACCAACAUCCCUCCACCCACUGCUUCCAUCCUCUAAGCGGAGAAGAAGUGGAGGGCUGGACAGAGAAGGUAGUGGUAGAGUUGGAGAGCGGCGUCCAUUGUUAAUGCAUUAUGAAAAAGAGAAAGCACAGACAAGAGAAGGGCUAUCUUUCCAUGAGUGGGACUCUGAAAAUGAUGAGGGUGAUAAUGAUGAGGACGAGGAAGAAAGGGAGAGACUGAGGGAGCGGGAGGAAAGGAGACGGAGAGCAGGUAGGGGGGCAGUGUCGGAGUCGGAGAGGGACAGGGCCAGGGCAGAGGAAAGUUACUCAGAUGAGGACUCGUCAGGGGAGUUCGGACGUUUUGAGAGGUACUGGGAGGGAGGUGCAGGGGGAAGCGGCACAGGGAUAGGAGGUAUAGGUGGAGGAGGCUGGUUCUUUGGCACCUACCCCUCCAGAGAGAAAGGGGGCAGUAUCAACAGUCGGGAUGAUUCCUUAUUAGGAACUCGGGCCGAGGGCUGGUUUGGUGCUGAUUUCUGGGGUUCAGGGCCAGGAGCAGGAUGGGGAUCAGAGGGAGGACUUGGAGGGCUAGGCUCACAGUGGCCGCCACCCCCCACAGCCUUCCCUCCUCCUCGAAGAUACUGGUCAAUGGAUAAGAUCCCUGUGAAGGGAGAGAAAAAAUGGAAGAGUGGAGGGGGGAAGAGCAAAGGGAGAGCUAGGGACAGAGGGGAGGAAGCAGGACGUGCAACCAUGUGCUCCUGUAACCUUUACCCCCAACCCCACCCUUACCCACAUCCCCACAGUCGCUCGCACACCUCCCACUCCAAGAGAGGAACCACAACGCUUUCACAUAGCCAGGAAGAGCUUCUCCCCCACUGCCACAGCUUCAGUGGAGGCUCUCGCCCCAAGCCUCUGCCUCCCAAACCAGAUCAGGCCAAAUCCGGCAGCCAAUCUAACCUCAGCCUCAGCACACAGCCCACGGACCAUCCACCUCAGCCAUCACCGUCUCCACCACAGCAGCUGUCCAUGUCUCCCACCUCCCUCCCAAUGCCCAUCCUGCCUCCGCCCUCCUCAUCUUCUGUCUCACCAACAGUGGGGGUAGGGAUGGCAGGCCAGGGACAGGCUCAGGCUUCGGCCAGUGCCAAACUCCAAUAUCAGAGACUGCGCUCGGUGCCACAACCACGGAGGUUCUACUCGCCCCACCUGCCACUCAAAGCCAAGAGCCUGUGCUCGCGCCGAGGGUCAGCCCAUUUCUCCAGCCUGGAGAGUGAGGUAUGACAGGGGGAGAGGAGAGAGGGAGACGUGGGAGCGAGCACCACUGCUUGUGAGAACCAUGGCGCCAUGGUAGCUGGAGACAGAGACGACACAAGAGAUACAGCUGCCUUGGUGACCAUAGGUAAUCAAUUAGCGACGAUCACUACGGGAACUAAUUUGGACUGUAGUUCUAUUGCCAACACUUCUUUGUGUGAGAGCAACACUACCGCCGCCCGCUCCAUUGUACGCGUUCUGGUGAGGGCGACAGUGAGACGCCACACCAGACUGAGCUAUAUCCGUUUGGAUGGUUCCCAUGAUGACGAGAGUGAAGGUGAGGCUGCAACGCUGAGGACGGCAGCCCCAGAACUUCUCCUCCGCUCAGAAUUGAGGCUUGUGAUGUCAUCUUCGGUUCUCCUCCCCUCCCCGAAUCACAACUAUGGAUAAGAGUAGUCUCCAAUCUGUGAGUAAUGAUGUCAUAUUUGUACACACAAACCCACACAUUCGCGAGCAGACACACACACACACACACACACUCACACAAACAGAUAUAAGCUCAAAACGUCUCCCUCCCUCUGGCUUUGAGAACACACCUCGGUGGGAUGCGGAGAGACCCACCCUCUCCCGGAAGAUGCCAGUGUUUGGUCAACAGACUAUGCCUCCCUUUCCUCAUUGGCUGAAGGCUUUUGAACUGGAUUAUUGGACUGCUCCUUGAUGUCGGAGAGACUGCGCCCUCCUCUUCCCUUUCGUAAAUCAGUUGAUAUGAAAAGCAAUGCAGUCACCUCUCCCAUGCCCUCUUUCUGCCUGAUAACCUUUCACUGGGCAGUGAGGACAGUGCUAUUUAUUUGCCCUUUGACCUCAUGACACCAUCAGACCCAUCUAGCUCUACUCCAGGACCAUCUACGUGAUGUCAUGUUUUACUAGGAACUCUUUUAACAAGUAAGAUUGAACAGCAACCACUUCUCCUCCUUCCUGUUGGAGCUUGUCCUGUAUUUGAACAACAAACUGAUCUUUAAGAAGAGAAAUAUCAAUAAGAACAAAAAAGACAUGUAGCAGAUUUUCUUUAACUGUCUUUUCUUUUCUUUCCUACUCAGACUUUUUCUCCCCAUCCCCUCUUUUUUAUUCUAUCAAUAUAUUUCUCUCACUGUGUUAGUGUUUUUAAUAAGGAGCAGACUGGAUGUGGCUAGUGUUGGAAGUGGGAAUGAUUCAAUUGCAGUGCCAAAUUUCCACUCAAGAGCUUUUAAGCAAGAUUGGUUUUCAAGCAAUUUAUUUUCAUAGUAUAAAGUCCCAUUUCCUUUCUACAUGUGAGCCACACACAAUUCACCAUCAUGUAAGUGGAUCAAGGGGAAGAUUGGUGCAAUAUCUGUAAUUGGCACUAGAUGGCUGCAUAAUAUUCAAAUAAGCUGUGGAGACAAUUGUGCAGGAGGCUUCUGGCGAGCUUCAUAAUUGCAGCUACAUGAUACAGAGAAGGGGUUUGAAGCUAUGAACUAUUGCUUUUUAUGAAAGUUGCCAUUCAUGGUUUAUUCAGAGAGAGAAAAGCGAAUUGAAACCAAGUGCGGUGCAUUGUAAAAGCUCUCUUAGGAUAUUAUAAUAUUACCCUACCUUAUUGCAUCUGUGCAGAGUUUGUAGAUGAUGGAUUAUAUGAAGCACAAUUCUCAUUGUAUUUUUCAGACAUGCGUGCCAUAGUUGUAACCGCACAAUCUACAGGUAACAUGUUUUGCUGAUAGGUGAAAAUCUAUUCGGUUGAUGUUAACUCAUGUUCCCAUUGUGGACAAUAAAAUUCACUGUAAUCCAGGUUCAUGUAACAAAGUACCACACUUUGUUGGACGAGACACUUGGGCUGAGGAAAAGAUAUGGUACUAUUUCCUUUUUGGCAAAUAAGACUGAACGAUAUACUGUGAAUGGUUUGCAUCCAGUUUGAGGUGCACACACAAUAGCUGAGACUUCACUGAAUGCGGUCAGUAAUAACUCUUGUUAUCGAGAUUCUCAGAUGACUGUUUGACUUUGAGCAAUAUUCCCAUCUUCAAUGUGACAGAGAUGCCUUUUUGGCACAUCUGUUUGCAUAUGAGACAUUAUUCUUGCUUUUCCUCUAUUUUAAAAUGAGAUCAUUUGUUUCAGCCAGAGUCAGAUGUUCCAUAACUCCAAUGAUUUUCUUAGAUAGGUAGAUAGAUUUAAUCUAAUGUAGGCUGAUAAAUUUACGUCCACAGCACCUGGCUCCGGCUGACCAAUGUGAAUAUGAAAUGCUACUUGUUUAACAGAAUGUAACAUUGUUCCUUCUGUGAGCUGUGCCAAAGCCAUCUACUUUAUAAACGGUGCCAAUGUUGCCAACAUUGUAACGCAUACACUCUCAAUUUUCAUAAGGUCAACAUAUCCAACUCAUCUCUCACACUAAGACCAGCCACAGCCCAGCUCUUCUUAUUGUAGUUGAAUGUAGCUUUGACCUGAUGUAGCAAAAGAACACCUACCUUUAGACUUUAUAGCUUUUUGGAUGCUGUUGAUAAUGGCUAGAAGGAGGGGGUGGGGGGUGGGGUUGACCUGCUAUGUGAGGGACUGUGCGUUGUGUUUGUGCAUGUUGUCACAGAUCGAAGGGUUAGACGACCUUCUCAAUUCCCCUUUUAACUAUUUUGCCUUUCAGUGAGAGAUACUGUACCUUUUAUCUGCUCAUGUAUUGCUUUUUUCUAGGUCUGUGUGGGGCAAUUUUUUUCAAAAAAACAGUCUGUCUUUGUUUUUACAGAAAUGCUUUUGCCUUUAGCCAUCCUUUGGAAAAACUCCAGAAUCAUUGCAUGUUUUGCUGAAUGAAAUCUCCAAGAUUUGUGGCAGGAGGGUUGUGUAGUUCAAUUGUAGAAUGUUUUUGGUACCCAGGGCAGCCGCCUUUCAGUGAGGUAGUGUGUUCGCUCUACUCUGCACCCCAACAGUGGAACCCACGGCAACAGUUCGACUGCUUCCUGUGUAGUAGAACACAGUUAUUUUCAACCAAUCAACAGGGCUUAAACCUGCUAUGUCAUUGAGCAUUAUUGAUUUCUAUUGAGGCGCUAAUACUUAAGUCUGUGACUGCAUGAACAGAAGUGACUCUUAAAAACCCUCUGGCUUAUUUUGUUUGAUUUAUUUUAUUUAAUGCUGAGAAAAAAGAAUAUAUUAAAAUAUACUAUGUUUCUGAGAAUGUACCAUGUUAUACUGUGAUUUAACUGAGAUAUUUUAUUGUAUUCAAUUAUCAUUUGAAUUAUAUCAUUUAUCUAUAAAGAAAUAUAUAUGUACAAAUAAAUAUAUACAUAUAUAUACAUACAGGUAUAUAUAUAUAUAUUAGUUAAGUUUGGUAUAUUUGGAGGAAGUGUUAGAUGAAAUAGUUUUAAAUGUUUUAGCUUUGUAGCGAUUCUAGACACUGAAAUCAUUUUUGAAUUUCGAUUCCUCCUAUAUGACUGUGAAGACAUUAGUGCCUGUGACAAAAAAGACAAGUAAAAGUCUAAACUCUCUAUUCAUCUAUAUCUACUAUAGCUAUCAGUCUGUCACUCCUCUCGUACUACCUAACAUUACUUUGUGACAUUCGCUGCUUUUACACAUCAGUGUUUUUCUCCCAGUCUGCUGUCUCUUGCUUUCUCCUUUUCUUUUUCAUUAGAAAGCUAUGAACAUCCUCCAUCUCUCCUCUUUUAAAGUUUUAUCAUAUGGUUAUCACAUCAUUUUGCUGAUUAACACAUUCAUUGACCUUAGCAUUUUUUUUUCCUUUGAUCAGUUUCUUUUUAAGUCAGCUCAUACUUCUGUCUUACACUUAGCAAAAAACAGAGACCAGUAGAUACUGUGUUCUUGCUCCUUUUGACUGAUUGUUGAUGGUGUUGAUCAAAUAAUUGAUUGAUGAAAUAAUUAAUGAACUAUGUUACUAUUAUUGAUGUGACUGAAGUGUUUAUCUGACGACCAUGCCACUGUAGCAAGUCUGGGCUGUACCACACCACCAGCGAGCAAAUGAGGCCACAGUUGCUAUGGUGUUGCCAUGACACUUUCAUGGGGUUGCCAUGGUGUCCUCUGCACCGCCACCACCUGGUGCCUGCUGGGUAAUAUAGCAUAAUGUCCUUCACUUUCCCCAAAGCACUGGUCAAAGAUCUGCUAUGCGCCUGUCUGCUCAGUCCUGACCUUAAUCAAUGGGAGGUGAAAUAUUUAAAAGCUGACUUUGGUAGAGUGCCGAAGGGGCAGCAUGGUGGUGACGUGUCUGCUGUCUAUGCUGAUCUAGACUGGACUGGUUUGGCUUGAAGUGGCUAUGAUAGUGUUCAUAUCAUGUUGAUCACCUAAUCUUUAAAUCAUCAGUUUGUGCCGUCCUGCAUGUUGUCCCAAAAGCUUCAUAUCAUAGAUAGCCUUGAAGGAAAGUAGUGUAUUUCUGUCUCUGUGCUGCACAUUUCACAUACUGAAUGUGUGUGUUUCAUGUGGAGAAGAUGCAUGCCAUUAAUGUGUAUUGCAUGUGCACUAAUCAUGUGCAGGUCCACUGCAACAUGAUUCUGUAGUGCUCUCCUCCGUCCCCUUCCUCUGUUUUCCUUGUGCUAUUUCUGAAAAAUAUAUUUUGCUUUGCAUGGGUAUUCAACACACAAUGCGUACAUCACUCAGCCAAUGAUCCUCAUCUUCCUCUAGCCCUCACUAAGCUGCAAUCUAAAGCUCUGCCUCAAGUAUUCUGAUUAUCCCACACACACACACACACACACACACACACACAAACACACAUACUGUAGCCACUGACAUUUCUUCAAAAUUCACAACGACUGUUCUGCUUGUUUUGAGUUUCUUGAGUUUGCCGUACGGUCCUGCACUCUGCUUUUCACUGUCCUGCCUGUUUCGAUCCAUCAAUUCCUGUUUAGAGUAGUCAGGUUCAAUUUGUUUUACUUUGCUGAAUGGCACCUCUUUUGAUUUAGCUUGUUGUCCUAAUCUGCUUUGAUUUAUCAGAUUUACUGUUUGAUCAGACUGUAUGCAUUAAACAGUCCAGUCCAGCCUAGUGCAGUGUGUGCCAGGCUAGUCUCGUACCUGAGUCUGUAAGAGAUCCUGGUGCAGCCUCAGGCUCAUCCUCUCUCUCUCUCUCUUUCUCUCUCUCUCUCUCUCUCUCUAUUUCUAUUGUCCCGCGACCAGGGAAGCAAUAUGUGUGGUGCUCCAGAAUUCAAACAGGGUCCUCACUGGCUGUAUCGGCCAUGAAUUAUAUCAAGGAAAUACAGGAGUGCCACACAUUGUACUCACCAGGUCUGGGGUCUGCAUGUUGCACCACAAAAAGAUUAUCCAACCACAGUGACAGGGCACAUGUACCCACAGUAACCAGUGUGUGUGUGUGUUUUCAGUAUUGUACAAGGCCCAGUUCUGCUGUUGUAACCUCGCCAACACACAGGCCCACUAACAGGCUGCUAGAGCGGGUUGCUAGUAGGGUGAUGUUGCUCCUAGCCCAUACUGGUCUGGUCUGUGCCCUAAUUUAACUGUGUUAGUUUAUUUGACAUUGUCUGUCUGGGGUGGGGCUGGAGGGUCAGUGCUGCACUUACUUCCUGAGAAUUGCUUCAUAAAAUAUGAUUCUCUUUAAUUAA